UUUUUCGUGUCGUCUACCUACCUGUCGUCUGUCACUCGAUAAAGUUCAAUUUGUAAAUACAUAUGCGUUUUAAAAUACAGAAAAAAUGAUCCACAGUCUUUUUAUAAUAAAUCAAUCUGGUGAUGUGUUUAUGGAAAAACAUUGGAAAAGUGUCAUUCAUAAAUCUGUUUGUGAUUAUUUUUUCGAUGCCCAAAGAAAAGCAGCUUCACCAGAAGACAUUCAGCCAAUUAUAGCAACACCUCAUCAUUAUUUAAUCAGCAUCUAUCGUAGAAAUUUGUUCUUUGUUGCUGUUACUACUUCUGAAGUCUCUCCACUAUUUGUAAUAGAAUUCUUACACAGAGUCGUUGAUACCUUUGAUGAUUAUUUUGGGGAUUGUUCAGAAACUUUGAUUAAAGAACACUAUGUUAUGGUUUAUGAGCUGUUGGAUGAAAUGUUGGACAACGGUUUUCCACUUGCCACUGAGUCGAAUAUAUUGAAAGAAAUGAUAAAGCCUCCAAAUAUUUUGAGAACAAUAGCAAAUACUGUUACUGGAAGAUCCAACAUCAGCAAUACCUUGCCAACUGGUCAACUUUCCAGCAUUCCUUGGCGCCGCACUGGUGUUAAGUACACAAAUAACGAAGCUUAUUUCGAUAUCAUUGAAGAGGUUGAUGCAAUCAUUGACAAAAGUGGAUCUGUUAUAUCAGCUGAAAUUCAAGGAUGCAUUGAUUGCUGCAUCAAGCUAAGUGGUAUGCCUGACCUCAGCUUAUCUUUUGUAAAUCCACGAGUGUUUGAUGAUGUGAGCUUCCAUCCUUGCGUUCGGUUUAGACGUUGGGAGUCUGAACGAAUUUUAUCAUUUGUUCCCCCAGAUGGAAAUUUUAGAUUGAUGUCUUACCAUAUCGGAUCACAAAAUAUGGUAGCUAUCCCCUUGUAUGUGAGACACCAUGUUUCGUUCAAAGAAGCUGGAGGUGGAAGAAUGGACAUCACUGUAGGUCCAAAGCAAACCAUGGGAAAAACAGUGGAAAAUGUUACAGUUGAAAUUCCAAUGCCAAAAUCUGUACUCAACAUGACUUUAACACCCAGCCAAGGAAAAUACACUUUUGAUCCAGUGAGCAAAAUUAUGGUGUGGGAAAUUGGACGCAUUGAGCCUGGGAGGAUGCCAAACAUUAGAGGAUCUAUUGCCCUUCAAAGUGGAUCUUCAGUUCCUGAGUGUAAUCCUACCAUUAAUAUCUCAUUCAUUAUAAAUCAACUUGCAGUAUCUGGUUUGAAAGUCAACCGGUUAGAUAUGUAUGGUGAGAAAUAUAAACCUUUUAAAGGAGUGAAAUAUGUGACAAAAGCUGGAAGAUUUCAAGUUCGAAUUUAAAUUAUAUUUGAGGACUUCCCAAGAAAUUAUGUAUUGAGACUAAAAAGAAAUCUAUGCAAUUUUGUAUAUAAACCAUAUUCAAGAUCAUUAUGUACAUUUACUUUUCUGUACACAAAAAAUUAUUAAAUUUAUUUUUAUACUACAAAAA